AUGACGAAGAGGAGUUCACAACGUUCGACUUUGCAAACGCAUUUAUCAAAGCUUACUGAAUAUGAGAAAGCUUCCAACAGCAGUGUCGAUGUAUCAGAAAAUACCUCUGUUGCUGCCCCAAGUUUCCAUUCUUGGCCUUUCAUGUUCGACUCCAAUGGGCCAGCUUCGUCAGCUUCAACCCUGGGGCGUCUGGAUAAAAAAACCCAGGAAGAGUCUUUGAAGGCUAUGAGAGAUUUGAUUUCAAACAUCAAGUUUCUGCCAGCGAUUGAAAAGCAUAUUCGUGCAUACUUCUCAUUCAGUCAAGGAGCCCUUGUACAAAGGCCGAUCAUCUUGGAACUUGCAAGAUUGGUGCGACAAAGCCUUGAAAGUUCGGGGCUCGUUACAGAAGAGACAGCAGACUUAGUUCAUUUCCAAAUUAAUCACCGUUUUACUCUAGAUAUGCUGCGCUGCUCCUCGAGCGAGGUUAUCGUCUCACCGUCUUUGAACCUUGAAGAAUUCUGUGCGCUUUUCUGGGGAGAAAAUGUGCGUGUGGAGACUUUGGGACUGUUGUUUGCAGUGGCUGCGCGCUCUCAUCUAUACCGCUACUCCGAUGACGAUAGAGACGAUGAUUUCAUUAGUGAAAUGAACCGCUGCAGCAAUUUGAGCUUACGACUAGCUCGCGAUCUUGCGCCGCAAGCCACUGAUCUCAUGGUUUGGCUUGCACACGAGCAUUUGCAACUAACAACGACAAUCGAAGGUGAUGCUAGUCUGAGUGUUUGGAGACGUAUGGGCGAUCUCGCAACAGAUCUCUUUGCAUUGGGUCUUAAUCGCGAAUCCACAUACUCGCCCAAUUCCAUACCAUUCUUCCUUGCUGAAUCGCGACGACGAAUGUUCUCCAAGGCAUAUUACCUCGAUAAAUUAUUUGCAAUGGUGUUCCAUCGACCACCUCGGAUAGCAACUCGACACGCAGAUUGCAAGCCUCCUUUGGAUUUAUCUGACGACGAGUUAUUCCCAGACUCCCCCGAAGUAUUGGAUCGGGCCCGAAAGAGUCUCACGCAUGAUGGUUGGAACACAGAUGGGCGAUACAGACCAACCACAUGGGCUCGGGUUCGGUACAUCCUUGGGCAAUUCCGCGAAGAAAUCGUGGAAUAUCAGAUUCAACCUCGGCGGUUUACGGAUGAUACAAAUAUCAGGGAUCUAGCGAUUCGAUGCCACGAAGCUUGGAUUGCAUUGCCCCUGCAUACGCGAUACGUCAAGGAGAGUUGGACGUCAAAUAUUCCGCCAGAAGUCUUGUUCAUGCAAGGAAAAGUAUACUUGUCAUAUCUCCAUAUACAGUUUCAGAUUUAUCGACUCCUUGGCGAGGGUAGUAUGAUUCCGUCAUCCGAAAUCCUGGGUGUAUCAGCAGAUAUGCUCGAGACAAUCAUCCAAGUGGCAAAUCCGCGCGGAAGAGCCUCGUAUUGCCCUCGUGAUCUACCUGGAAUUCUUCUAUCAUAUGGUCUUCCGUCCGCUUCAAUGCUCAUUAAAGCAUUAGAGAAGGAUAAUUCGGAAUCAACCAACACCCUUCCACCCAGCAUGAAACCAUCUAAUCUAAUACGAAAUCUCUCCGUGCUGGUGUCUCAUUUGGAAAACGUCUGCAGUCAUAGGGAGACCAACCACACAUUCUGCAUACAAGCCUCUAAGGCCAUUUCAAGGAAGCUUGAUAAUAUCUUGAAUGAGCCUAUAAUGCCGGCGUCUUCAACCCCUUUCAAUGCGCUGCAGGGCUUAAAUACGCCAUCCAAGGCUUACCCGGCCCCAGGAAUGUCAAAUAAUACACCAUACGGGGGAGACGAACUUGAUUUGCUUGACAUGGAUGACCUUGACGGCUUUGAUCUGGCAAAUUGGGUUACAGAUGUUGAUUUAGAUACUCUUGACAGUUCUUGGAACAUUCAAUGA